CGGCAGCUGCACCUGUCCGCACGGUCAUACAUCAGAACAGUGUGUUCCACACACCGGCAGCUUAUGAAGGCUUCACCGGUUUAACCUCAAUCGGUUUCGGAGGAAUCGUAGGAUAAAGGACUAUUGUUUCAGUAGAUGAUUAUCUUGAAGUCGAAAUAUGAUACUUGCAACCAGCGCUCAGCGGGGAUUUGGUCACUAAAAAAGCCAACUCAACUAGAGAUGACAGCGCCCGUUUGUUUAUUACUGUGUUAAUCGUGUUAUUCAAGAUUAGUCGGCAUAAUUUUACACUAAUUUGAAAGGUCACGCUAUUUUAUUGAUGGCCGUGUCAGGAGGCGCCCGGCGGAUCCCGAUGGGUGUUCGGACAUUCAGUGAGUUUCUGGAAAUAGCGACUGUCGGUCCGUGUCGCUCCAGCAGCCCGUUUAGAUGCAGAGAGAGAAUACAGCACUGGUCCAUAAGACACCUGUCCUCCUGCGGGAUCCUGAUGACUCGCUACCCUCGCACACUCUGUCUCUCUGAAGUGGAUUUGACUCCUACUCCUCACAGGAGAUCUUUCAUCAGCCUCACCAAAAAGAGAAAAGAGUAUUCAGAGAGGAGAAUACUAGGGUUCUCGAUGCAAGAAAUGUAUGACGUGGUAGCCAAUGUGGAUGACUACAAACACUUUGUACCAUGGUGUAAAAAGUCCCAAACCAUCAUGAAAAGGGCCGGUCACGCCAAAGCCCAGCUGGAAGUGGGCUUCCCUCCGGUUGUUGAACGAUACACUUCUAUGAUAAGCCACGUCCGUCCACAUCUCGUCAAAGCGGUGUGUUCGGAUGGUAAACUCUUCAAUCACUUAGAGACAAUAUGGCGGUUUAGUCCUGGUAUUCCUGGCUAUCCUCGCACAUGUACUGUAGACUUCUCUAUCUCGUUCGAGUUCCGUUCACUGCUGCAUUCGCAGUUAGCUACGGUGUUUUUCGACGAGGUGGUGAAGCAGAUGGUGGCCGCGUUCGAGCGGAGAGCGUGUAAACUGUACGGGCCCGAGACGAGGAUACCCCGUGAGCUCAUGUUUCACGAGAUCCAUCAAACGUGAGGUGCAUCAUCACACAGGACUCGUCUGCACCCGGAACUCGCAAAACUCUUUAGACGGUUAUCGCAUGACAAAUCACAUCACUAGAUUACAUUGGGAUGGUACGAUGGAUACCAUUUACUUAUAGAUGAUAUUUCAGUUCAUUUGAGGCAUUGCACCUCAAACAUUGCUUUUUGACUGUGAAUGAAGGUUAAUUGAUUGCUGCAGCUCUGAAUGGUAAGAUUUAAAAGUUGAGGAGCAAACACUCGAACGUUUUAUUAGGGUUUCAUCUCGUUUACAUAUUUUUUCCUGCUAUGGGUUUGUUGGGGCCAAAUCUGAAGAACUUAUGACUGAAACUGAAAGGGAUAUUUUAGGUGAAAUCUGUCGCACGCUGACUGACUGUUGAUUACCACAGAACAUAAUUUCGGUUUGCUCCUCCGUUUUUAAAAACAAACAAUAAAACACAGCACAACCAUUGUUUACUUGCCUCACUGCAAAUGCGCAGCUUUGACGCAUUUUAUGCUUUUAAGUCAAUAUUAUUUUCUGUGGUAAUCGAGAGCAUGCGAAAAGCACGGAUUAACCGGGAAUAUUCCUUCAUACAGCUAGAUAUGAAUAUAGUGAGAAUUCAAAAUGCUUGCAAUGAGUUACUUGACUUUCACACUGCACUGAAUUUAUAAUAUUCAUCUCAAGAAGUCGCACUCGAGGUUUGAGACUUGAAUCACAACUGUAAAUAUAACGAACAUAAAUUAUACAGUUAGAGUGACGUCAAAUAUUUCUCCCAGCUAAAUAUUUCUCCUUAUAGAGAACAGAAAAACUUGUUUAUAGACGUAGUGUAUUUGUAAUGAAGGUGAAUUUAGAAUUAUAUUUAGCAUGCUAACUCAGGGCUUUGGAGAAAUCCAAAUGAAAGAAAUGGAAGAAGACAGCCUUUUGUUCCCUAAUAGUGAUCCCAGUUUGUGCCUGUUCAUGUAGACUGUGCCAUUUUUUGUUUUGUUGCUACAUUAAUGUCUGUUUAAACACUACUUUCUUCA